AUGGAUAAUUGGGAUACCAAGGGAACUUUCAAAGGUUUCUCAAGGAGAUUUCUAGAAGACUUGGUUGUGGAGUUUGAGAAGGCAGAUAAUUGGAAGGCUUUCAAUGUUGUUAUCGCCCUUCCAAUUCAUGGGAUUAUGAUUUUCCCUAAUAUUGAAAAUUUUAUGGAUCAGAUAGCUAUGGAGAUUUUUCUUUCUGGUAACCCGAUACCUUUCCUUCUAGCUAGCAUUUAUUACUCUCUUCAUGAUCAUCGCGAGGAGAAAGGAGGCACAUUGUUGUGUUGUGCUCCUCUCUUGCAUGCUUGGCUUAUGACACAUAUGAAGGAGGAAGUCCCAAUUUUUUCUAAGGAGCUCAAAUGGUCACAAAAGUUAGGAUCUAUUACCGCUAGCAACAUCAAGUGGUACAUUAGAGAUUGGGAAACUGAAGACAUCAUCACCAACUAUGGGAAUUUCCCUAAUGUUCCGUUGUGGGGAACUAUGGGAUGCAUUAACUAUAAUCCUGUUAUAUCCCUAAGGAAGCACAAUUACCCUGUGAAUGGUACCCCAGAAACCAGAGCUUUGCAACCAUUCAUCCUGCAUGACUUGGAAAUGAGCAACCCGGUUAUGAAAAGAGUUAGAAGAGCUUGGCUUAUAGUUGUAAGAGAAGGAAAGGAAUUGGGAAAGAGGAACACCCUUGUUAAGGAACCUUAUACCAAAUGGGUGAAAGAGAGAGCACAAGUGAUCAAACUUCCAUACCCUUUUGAUCCUUCUAUUUUUCCUUUAGUUCCUGAGCCAGAACCCAUCUUGCCUAAAGAUGUUGAGAAGCUUAAUGCCAUAAUCAAAGAGCUUGUAGUAGAAAACACUGAGUUGAUGAUUAAGCUUAAUCGAGUUACUUUGGAGAAUGAGAAUAUGAAGAAUGAUCGUGAAAGGAAAGACAAAGAGCUUGAAGCCACCAAUAAAAGGGCUAGAGAGUCCGAUGAAAGAAGGGAAAAGUUUGGUCAUGCUCUCAAAGGUACCAAAUAUGUGUUAAAGACUAAGAAUCAAGAGUUGGAUCAAGCCAUACACAAGAUUCAAGAGCUGAACAAGACUGUGGAGAGAACCCUAGAGAUGAAGAGGGAAGCCAGGUCGAUCUAUGAAAUAUGUACUCGUGAGUUUGAAAAUACUAUCUAG